UUGUACAGAUUAUUUGUAUGUGUGCUAUACUUAAGAGAAUAAAGUUGCCACAGGUUGUGUUUUUACACAGUACUGUGUCAUCAGGUUGUGUUUUUACACAGUACUGUCAUCAGGUUGUGUUUUUACACAGUACUGUGUCAUCAGGUUGUGUUUUUACACAGUACUGUGUCAUCAGGUUGUGUUUUUACACAGUACUGUGUCAUCAGGUUGUGUUUUUACACAGUACUGUGUCAUCAGGUUGUGUUUUUACACAGUACUGUGUCAUCAGGUUGUGUUUUUACACAGUACUGUGUCAUCAGGUUGUGUUUUUACACAGUACUGUCAUCAGGUUGUGUUUUUACACAGUACUGUCAUCAGGUUGUGUUUUUACACAGUACUCUGUCAUCAGGUUGUGUUUUUACACAGUACUCUGUCAUCAGGUUGUGUUUUUACACAGUACUGUGUCAUCAGGUUGUGUUUUUACACAGUACUGUGUCAUCAGGUUGUGUUUUUACACAGUACUGUGUCAUCAGGUUGUGUUUUUACACAGUACUGUGUCAUCAGGUUGUGUUUUUACACAGCACUGUGUCAUCAGGUUGUGUUUUUACACAGCACUGUGUCAUCAGGUUGUGUUUUUACACAGCACUGUGUCAUCAGGUUGUGUUUUUACACAGUACUGUGUCAUCAGGUUGUGUUUUUACACAGUACUGUGUCAUCAGGUUGUGUUUUUACACAGUACUGUGUCAUCAGGUUGUGUUUUUACACAGUACUGUGUCAUCAGGUUGUGUUUUUACACAGUACUGUGUCAUCAGGUUGUGUUUUUACACAGUACUGUGUCAUCAGGUUGUGUUUUUACACAGUACUGUCAUCAGGUUGUGUUUUUACACAGUACUGUCAUCAGGUUGUGUUUUUACACAGUACUCUGUCAUCAGGUUGUGUUUUUACACAGUACUCUGUCAUCAGGUUGUGUUUUUACACAGUACUGUGUCAUCAGGUUGUGUUUUUACACAGUACUGUGUCAUCAGGUUGUGUUUUUACACAGUACUGUGUCAUCAGGUUGUGUUUUUACACAGUACUGUGUCAUCAGGUUGUGUUUUUACACAGCACUGUGUCAUCAGGUUGUGUUUUUACACAGCACUGUGUCAUCAGGUUGUGUUUUUACACAGCACUGUGUCAUCAGGUUGUGUUUUUACACAGCACUGUGUCAUCAGGUUGUGUUUUUACACAGCACUGUGUCAUCAGGUUGUGUUUUUACACAGCACUGUGUCAUCAGGUUGUGUUUUUACACAGCACUGUGUCAUCAGGUUGUGUUUUUACACAGCACUGUGUCAUCAGGUUAUGUUUUUACACAGCACUGUGUCAUCAGGUUGUGUUUUUACACAGUACUGUGUCAUCAGGUUGUGUUUUUACACAGUACUGUGUCAUCAGGUUGUGUUUUUACACAGUACUCACAGUCAUUAGUUUUCCUUUAAAUGUUUUGGGCACUUCAGGGAUUGAUAUGAUACAGUGGAGUCUGAUCUCAUACUUUUCAAGAGGGCAGAUAUCAGAGCAGUAUAAAAGGGCUCCUGGGUGGCUCAGCGGUCUAAGGCAUCACUACAGACCCUGGUUCGAUCCCGGGUGGUAUCACAACCGGACGUAAUUCCGGAGUCCCAUAGGACAGUGCACAAUUGGUCCAGUGUCGUCCGGCUAAGGGGAGGGUUUGGCCGGGGAAGGCCGUCUUUGUAAAUAAGGAUUUGUUCGUAUCUACUUGCCUAGUUAAGUAAAGGAUACAUACAGGUUAAAAAUAAGCUCAGGGACCAUAUGUAUCAACCAUCUCAGUGUAGGAGUGCUGAUCUAGGAUCAGAGCCCCCCCCUGUCCAUAUAAUCCUGUUCAUUGUUAUCUAAAUGGCUAAACUGAUCCUAAAUCAGCAGUCUUUCACUCUGAGACACUUGAUAUAUAAUAAGGCCCCAGGAGCCUACCAACUUUCCUCCUUGUGAAGUCCUCCUCUCAUAAAGGAUGUUAUCACGCGGGUUGUGUUGGUCCGCUGUGAAAAGGUCCCUGUGUUUACAUGGCUGCCCACUGUUAGAGAGAAAAGGACUGGUCCCUGUGUUGACAUGGCUGGUCCCUGUUAGAGAGAAAAGGACUGGUCCCUGUGUUGACAUGGCUGCCCACUGUUAGAGAGAAAAGGCCUGGUCCCUGUGUUGACAUGGCUGCCCACUGUUAGAGAGAAAAGGACUGGUCCCUGUGUUGACAUGGCUGCCCACUGUUAGAGAGAAAAGGACUGGUCCCUGUGUUUACAUGGCUGCCCACUGUUAGAGAGAAAAGGACUGGUCCCUGUGUUUACAUGGCUGCCCACUGUUAGAGAGAAAAGGACUGGUCCCUGUGUUGACAUGGCUGCCCACUGUUAGAGAGAAAAGGCCUGGUCCCUGUGUUGGCAUGGCUGCCCACUGUUAGAGAGAAAAGGACUGGUCCCUGUGUUGACAUGGCUGCCCACUGUUAGAGAGAAAAGGACUGGUCCCUGUGUUUACAUGGCUGCCCACUGUUAGAGAGAAAAGGACUGGUCCCUGUGUUUACAUGGCUGCCCACUGUUAGAGAGAAAAGGACUGGUCCCUGUGUUGACAUGGCUGCCCACUGUUAGAGAGAAAAGGAACAAGCAUGUUGGAGUGGAGUCUCUUACAGGCCACCCAAGAGCUAUUGUUGCUAAGCUACAUGUCCAACCCACCAGUUUUAGCUGCACUGUCUGUUCUAUUUAAGGACAAUUCUAGAAUGGACUCUUGUAUUCAUGGAAAGGUAACACAGUUGUUCCGUCACAAUGUUCCGUCUCGUCUCAUAGCCACUGUAUCUCUGUGGUGAGGAAAGAGACUAUGUAAUGUUGAGUUCAAAAUAUCACACUGAAAUGAAUGUCAAUGUUGUUAGUAGGUCUGUGCUGGUUUAUGCCCAUCAAGUUAUGAAAAGGGUUCAUUCAGACCAUUAGGGUCAGGUAAGAAACAGGGUACAAAGGAACAAUAUACACCAUAUAUACAAAAGUAUGUGGACAGCCCAUCAAAUGAGUGGAUUCAGCUAUUUUAGCCACACCCAUUGCUGACAGGUGUAUAAAAUCGAGCUCACAGCCAUGCAAUCUCCAUAGACAAACAUUGGCAGUAGAAUGGCCUUACUGAAGAGCUCAGUGACUUUCAAGGUGGCACCGUCAUAGGAUGCCACCUUUAAAACAAGUCAGUUUGUCAAAUUUCUGCCCUGCUAGAGCUGGCCCGGUCAACUGUAAGAGCUGUUAUUGUGAAGUGGAAACAUCUAGUAGCAACAACGGUUCAAGUCGUAGGCCACACAAGCUCACAGAACGGGACAACCGAGUGCUGAAGCGUGUAGGGCAUAAAAAUCAUCUGUUCUCGGUUUGUAAAACUCACUACUGAGUUUCAAACUGCCCCUGGAAGCAACAUCAGCACAAUAACUGUUUGUCAGGAGCUUCAUGAAAUGGUUUUCCAUGGCCGAGCAGCCGCACACAAGCCUGAUAUCACCAUGCGCAAUGCCAAGCAUCGGCUGGAGUGGUGUAAAGCUCGCCGCCAUUGGACUCUGGAGCAGUGGAAAUGCGUUCUCUGGCGUGAUGAAUCACGCUUCACCAUCUGGCAGUCCGACAGACGAAUCUGGGUUUGGCGGAUGCCAAAGAGAACCCUACCUGCCCCAAUGCAUAGUGCCAACUGUAAAGUUUGGUGGAGGAGGAAUAAUGGCCUGGGGCUGUUUUUCAUGGUUCUGGCAAGGCUCCUUAGAUCCAGUGAAGGGAAAUCUCAACCCCAUCGAACACCUUUGGGAUGAACUGGAACAGACUCCUACACAUACUUUAAAGGCUGCAUCCCAAAUGGGCCCUGGCACAAAGCGCACUAUAAAGGGAACAGGGAUCCAUUUAGGAUGCAGACUUUAAAGUAUGUGUAGGAGUCUGUUCAGAAAGCAGAAGUUUCACUGACACAGUAUGUCCUACCUGGUUUCAGUUCCCGUUAUUCUGUGGAGGCUAUAAAUGAUGGAGCAUAAUAACUGUAAAGUCAAUUACUCCAAAAGAAACAAGUCAUGGAAAGGAAUCUCCCUAAUUACGGCUACAUGAAGUUGGGAUGCAAUGCCGAGGUCAUAGGGCUAGAGUAUGUGUUACACACAUAUUUCAUUUUUAUUAAAAAAUAUAUGUUUUAGGUAUGCAAAAUACUCUAACUUGGUUGCGCAGUCAGCCUGGUAAAAAGGCAUCCUUUUAGAGGGAGUUCUAUUAUGACCGUGUACGGGGCAUGCGCGUUUCUCCAAGGCCAGUUUCCAUAGCAGUGGUCGCACCGCGAGAUAAGUUCUCCAACUUAUGAUGAUUGACUGACACCCACCGUGCGAGCUCCUUUGAUAUGGAUCUUACUAUGGACUUACGUACGUUACAUUUUAUACAGCCUAGUAGCCUUCCUAAAUGUUGCCUGCCCAAUUGAUUCAGUGCGCUUUUGCGUUUUGGCAAGAGACUGUAGCUGAGACACAAGUCCGACUGAUUGGGUAAAACAAACAAUUAUGGGCAAUCAAGACGGUGAAUUCUGCUUCUUAAUUUAAGCAAAUGUUUAUUUUGGUCACAGUGUGCUUUUCGUUUUUUAACGCCAUCCGACAAAACUGUGCACGUUGGUGUUUUGGAAAAUGAUGAGCUGUUUUGGGCGGGGGCUGAGGCGGACGGCCCCUGCACGCGGCAGCAGCAGGAAUGAGCUGGUGACCCCCUCGACGGCAUCUCUAACCAGGGUUAACGGCUGGGCCUGUCCCCCUCACUCCUUCCAGCUGGUGGGAUGGACAAUAUACAGCUACAUGGCUGUAGUUGGCUUUGGGAUCUAUAUCCCACUACUACCUUCACCCUGGAGCCACAUGGCCUACUCUCUGACUGGCAUAGCCUUCAUUGUGCACCUGGUCACCCAUCUAGCUGCCGUGUCUAUAGACCCCGCAGAGGCAGGCGUCCGUGCCAAGAAGAGCUACUCCAACCCACUGCCUGUCUUCGACAAGAAGAAACAACCACAUGUUAUCCACAACCUACACUGCUACCUGUGUAAAAUCAAUGUGGACCCAAAAGUGAAACACUGUGGUGUGUGCAACAAGUGUAUUGAAGACUUUGACCACCACUGUAAAUGGCUGAACAACUGUGUGGGGGGACAGAACUACUGGUACUUCUUUGUGACGGUGUUGUCUGCUACACUGGGCGUCCUUGUGCUUCUCAUGGUCGUCCUGUUCAUCUGCAUCCAGCAUUAUAUGGACCCUGCCAGUCUCCGCACCGCACCACAGUUUACCAGUGUGAUGAGUAACGGGACGUGGCUGGUCUUCCUACCCCUGGCACCCAUGGAGACAGGGUCAGGGAGUCUCCUGGUUGUCGCCUUCCUCACGGUCAUGUUGGCUACUGGCUCUCUACUGCUGCUGGUUCACCUACUGGGCUUCCACAUCUAUCUCUUGUUAAACCAAAUGAGCACGUAUGACUACAUUAUAACAAGACGUCGUAAACAGACCAGCCAGCAGGACGUAGAGAUGGGCUUUCCCCAGUCAUCUGACAGCAACGCAGGACAGAAUCAUCCACAAAUGGAGCCCUCCAUCGAUUGUGAUGCGUUGUUGUCAGACAGUGUCAGCUGCAAGAAUCAGGAAACAGGAACCAUUUCAAGUCGACCUUCUGGAUCUUUCUGUACUGAGUUGGACAACUUUACUAAAUCAUCAGAAAAGGAAAAUGGCUUUUACUAUGGCACAGAGCUACCCACCCAGAUUAUACCAGGUGAAGUGGUGAUGGAUGACCCCUUGGGCUGGAGGUCGGGUGGAGGUGGAGAGGGCCCCAGAGCAGGCCCGUGUGAGGGUGUCCCCUGCACUGACAGAGCUCAUCAGUAGCUGGUCUCUGAUGCUCUGCAGGUGGCCACACACAGUACCUGAGGAACUAAAGGCAUUGACACGCCAUAGUGAACGUCGGCCGUGUGCAGUACAGUAGAUCACCUACUGGAUGUUGACUAACUGUGGUCGAUACAACAUGUCAAAUCUUUGGGAAAUGAACAAAAAAUGACUGUUGAUGUUGUCUGGUCAGAAGCCAUGGAAUCGUCCACGGCAGCAGUAUUGACCCAGCACAGCACCGGGGAACAAAUAGAAUGUUCAUGCUGGAUUGAAGCCACCGUGAUGCGUCCAACGGACCUGCUGCUGUUGCCUAUGACGAUCACCACUUGAAACUGGAAAUGGACAUUUAUAAUUUACACUGGAUAUUUACACUGAGUGAUAGGAAGGACAUUUAUUUUGCAGCAAUUUUAUGUAUUUUAUCUGGGGAUUUAAAUAAUUGUUUUACCUAUGUUUUAUUUGUUAAUUUAGCCAUUUCAGAUCAUAAUGUUCUUGCCUGAAUUUUUAAAUAAAAUGUGUAAACAUA